AACCAGGACCAGGACCAUUCGUGAUUGCGCCCUCGACGAUUACGAACGCAAACAAAACAAAAGCGCUUGAUUCAAAUAUAACAACAUCAUGAAAAUCGAUAUUCAUACCCACGUUUUACCGAAGACGUGGCCCAACUUAGCUGAGCGCUAUGGUUAUGGUGGCUUUGUGCAAUUGGAACACGAUCCUGACAACAAAGAUACUGCUAAAAUGAUGAAAGAUGGAAAGCUUUUUAGAGUUGUGGAAAAAAACUGUUGGGACAUGGAGUCUCGACUCGCCGAUAUGGAAAAAUCCAAGGUUGCCGUGCAGGUGCUGUCCACAGUCCCCGUUAUGUUCAGCUAUUGGGCCAAGUCUGCUGAUGCACUGGAUCUAUCAAAAAUUCUCAAUGAUGACCUGGCUGGCAAGGUUAACAAAUUUCCUUCAAAGUUUGCUGGCCUUGGGACUGUUCCUAUGCAAGACCCUCUUCUGGCUGCAGAGGAAAUAAAGAGAUGUGUUGUGGACCUUGGACUGUCUGGAAUUCAAAUUGGUUCACAUGUUAACAAAUGGAACCUGGAUGCUCCAGAAUUGACUCCAAUCUGGAAAACAUGUGAAGAUUUGAAGUGCUCUGUUUUUGUGCAUCCUUGGGACAUGCCCAGUCUGGAUGGCAGACAUAGUAAAUAUUGGAUGCCUUGGCUCGUUGGAAUGCCAAUGGAGACCACAACCGCGAUAUGUUGUAUGGUUAUGGGUGGUGUUCUUCAGAAUUUUCCCUCCCUUAAAGUCUGUUUUGCCCACGGUGGCGGCGCCUAUCCCUUCACUAUAGGAAGGAUAGAACAUGGUUACAAAGUGAGGCCUGAUCUAUGUGCCACAAACUGUUCUCUUAGUCCACGAGAGUUCUGCGGCAAAUUCUACACUGACUCCCUCGUCCAUGAUUCCAAUGCCCUACGGAUGCUUGUUGACGUGAUUGGAAAAAGCCGCGUCAUGCUUGGAACUGACUACCCUUUUCCACUGGGAGAAUUGGAACCAGGCGCGUUAAUUGAAUCCAUGGACGAUCUAGGUUCCCUGAAAGAUAAGCUACUUUACGAAAAUGCCAUGGAAUUUCUGAAUUUGGAUUCUUCGAGAUUUGAAAGCUAGAAUCCAAUCAAUGAUUGACAGUUUGCCGAUGCAAAAGUAUACUGGAAAGGCGUCUACAAUGCUCAAACUUACCUAAGGGUAAAAGCUAUAUUUUAUCUUCCACAGGAUCAUUAACAUUUAACAUGGUUAACGUUUAAUUGCCUUCAUUAUGUUUAAAACAUCUCUAAUCGAAAUACUUACAAUCACAUUAAAUUUGAGGAACUGUGUUCUGUUAAUUCAUUUUGAAUUUGGUGUCUUUGUUUCAUGUCUUUAAUACCGUCUGCUAUCUGUUGGAUUGGCAAUUGACUUCUUUCGUAAUCCGCAUGAAUGUCUAAAUGAUGUCGAAGCUUGAGAGCUAGCGUACGGACCGCUUCGGGAUCUUGCUGAACAGAUAUACUCCAAAUCUCGUCGAACGCUAUCGGUUGUUGGGGUUGCAUUACUUUUGGUAGUAGACGAAUGUUCUCUACGAUGUUUAGGUUCCAUUACAUUAGAAUGCCAAUAGUAAAUAAAGCAUAUGUGAAAAGGUUUA